AACAUCAGCAACAACAACAACAGCAGCAUCAGCUUCAACAACAUCAGCAGCAGCAGCAUCACCAACAGCAACAGAGUCACCAAGGGUCCAUCAGUGGGUACCCAUCGGGAGGCCCAGCAGACGACCACUCCAUGAUCCCCCACAUCGCCAGGCAGGAGCCCCAGGGACAGGAGCUGCAGACAGACAGUGGCUUGGAGAAGCAGCUGGGGACUCGGGGCAGUGGAGGAGCUGGAGGAGGAGGAGGAGGAGGCGGCAUGGGAGGGGGGCCAAACCCCGAGGACCUGCCCACCUACGAGGAGGCCAAGGUGCAGUCUCAGUACUUCCGGGGUCACCAGCAGCCACCGCCAUCCCAACAGCAACAGCAGCAGCAGCAGCAGCAACAUGGUCAACAGCAAUGCGGGCAGCAGCAACAACAGCAACCCCAGCUGGGGGCGGCAUUCUACGUGACGGGGGUCACCGGAGCCGGCGUUGGCGUUGGCGGGAGCGCCAAGGUUCGCACGGAGGGCCGGCCGACGGUGCAGCGCGUGAGUGGCGCGGGCAAGGUGCACCAGGACGACGGGCUGAAGGACCUGAAGCAGGGCCACGUGCGCUCCCUCAGCGAGCGCCUCAUGCAGCUGUCCCUGGCCACCAGCGGGGUCAAGGCCCACGCGCCCGUCACCAGCGCACCCCUCUCCCCGCAGCUGCCCCCGCCGGGCCCCCCCGGGGACUACUACAAGCCCACCUCGCUGGGCCAGCCGCACCGCGGGCCCCCGCCCGACUACCCCUUCAAGGGCAUCGCGUCGCCGCCGCCCAAACACCAGCCUCACCAUGGGCAGCAACAGGGCGGGCAGCAGGGCGGGCAUCAGCAACAGCCGCCGCUGGGGCAGGAGUCCGGAGGGGGUCACCUCUACUACCCCGACCCCCACCGGCUCCCACCACCACAGCAGGGGCGCUCCGACAUGCCCCACGUGCGUUACCAGCCCCCGCCCGAGUACGGAUCUUUCCGGUCCAGCAAGGAGAGUUCUCUUCACUCUCAGAGGACUCUCCACCACCACAGCCCCACCUCCUCGGUCGCAUCCGUGGGCUCGCUGUCCCGCGCCCAGUCCGCCACCCUCAGCAGCCUGAUGGCCACCGCGGCCGCCGCCUCCAGCCACGCCCCCCCGCCCCACAUGCCCCAUCCGUCUGACCCCUACUCCCUGGGGCCCCGUAGCCCCAUCAGCUCCCAUCAGGGAGACCCCUAUGGGCACGGAGGCCCCGCGCAUCACCCAUCACUGCAGCGGAGCCAUCAUGCAUUCCCUCAGGACCCCUACGGUUCGGCCCCCAGGAGCCAGCACCAACAACAGCACCAGCACCAGUACCAGCAGGGACCAGGGUCUGGGUCUGGGUCGGGACAAGGACCAGGACCAGGACCAGGCUCGGGACCAGGUGGACAUCAUUAUGGGCAUCAUCUGCCGUACUCGAUGAUGCAGGGCGGCGACCCGUACGCCAUGAUGGCACGGGCGCAGCAGAUGGUGGACAUGCUGACGGAGGAGAACCGCAUGCUGAAGCAGGAGACGGAGCAGUGUGCCGAGAAGGUGUCCAAGCUGCAGAAGCUGGAGACGGAGAUUCAGCUGGUGUCGGAGGCGUACGAGAACCUGGCCAAGUCGUCGACCAAGCGCGAGGCCCUGGAGAAGACCAUGAGGAACAAGCUGGAGCUGGAGGUGCGGCGGCUGCACGACUUCAACCGCGACCUCAGAGAGCGCAUGGAAACGGCCAACAAGCAGCUCGCAGUGAAAGAGUGCGAAGGUUCCGAGGAGAACCGCAAGACCAUCUCUCAGCUUCUCACUCAGAAUAAGGAGACUCAGCGUGAAAAGGAGAAACUGGAGAUGGAGCUGAGCGCCCAGCGCUCCACCAACGAGGACCAGCGCCGCCACAUCGAGAUCCGGGACCAGGCCCUCAACAACGCCCAGGCCAAAGUAGUCAAACUGGAGGAAGAGCUGAAGAAGAAGCAGGUGUACGUGGAGAAGGUGGAGCGGAUGCAGCAGGCUCUGGCUCAGCUGCAGUCGGCCUGCGAGAAGAGAGAGCAGCUGGAGCACCGUCUGCGCACGCGCCUGGAGAGAGAGCUGGAGUCACUGCGCAUGCAACAGAGGCAGGGUAACUCCCAGAGCACAGGGGCGGCCCCUGAGUACAACGCCAGCGCUCUGAUGGAGCACCUGAGGGAGAAGGAGGAGCGCAUCCUGGCCCUGGAGGCCGACAUGACCAAGUGGGAGCAGAAGUACCUGGAGGAGAGCGUCAUGAGGCAGUUCGCCCUGGACGCAGCUGCCUCGGUGGCUACACAGAGGGACACUUCCUCCGGGGGCAUCAGUCAUUCCCCCAGCAGCAGCUAUGACACGUCAGUGGAGGCCCGCAUCCAGAAGGAGGAGGAGGAGAUCCUCAUGGCCAACCGCCGCUGCCUAGACAUGGAGAGCAGGAUAAAGAACCUGCACGCCCAGAUCAUCGAGAAGGACGCCAUGAUCAAGGUGUUGCACCAGCGCUCUCGGAAGGACCCCGGGAAGGCGGACGCCCAGUCCUCGGCCAUGCGGCCCUCCAAGUCGCUCAUGUCCAUCGCCAACGCCAGCAGCGGGGGAGGGGGAGGGGGAGGGGGCGGCGGCGUCUCGAGCCUCCUGUCCCACAGCCUGGGGCUCAGCGGGAGCCCCAUCACAGAGGAGCAGCGCAAGGACGACCGCAGCUGGAAGGGCAGCCUGGGAGUGCUGUUGGGACCAGAGUUCCGCAUGGACUCUCUAAGGACAGACUCCAUCUCCUCGUCCCCGUCCCCCGUGCUCCCCCUGAGCCACUCCAAGACGGGCAGCAGGGACAGCUACACCCAGACCGACAAGGGCCAACAGGAGGCCAGCAAGCCCAGCACCCCCGCACUGCCCCCCUCCCUGCCUACGCCACAGUCUCGCUACACCAGCCCCAGUCCAGUAUACAUCCCAGACCGCAUCGCAGAUCUUCCUGCCUAUCACAGCAACACACUAGAGAGAAGAGCGCCUGUGCAGUCACUUCCUCAACCUCUCAGCCAAGCAGAUCUGGACAAUGAGAUGGUGGAGAUUCUCAUCUAAACCACAGUGCCUACACACACACACACACACACACACACACACACACACACACACACACAC